CGAGUGCCCCCCAAGUUUACAUAAAAACUCCCUACAAAUUAAACAAACAUAGGGUAGAAGUUUGCUGUACUCGUCUUUCGACUUGUUAAAAGAGUUUGGAUGGGGCGGGGAGGCAGCAUUCAAACGUGUGAUUUCCGUAGUCAGAAGGGAGGUAUAGUCUUCUCUGUUCUUAUUUGGCUGCACGUGAACUAAACCAUAAAGCAGCCGGUAUUGUGGUAUCUCACACGACUUUUCUAGAAAAUCAAGAGAUAUAGCCCUCACUUGUUAUUCGCUAUCCUCCCCCCCCCAUCUUCUCCUUUGGUAUGACCAGACCCCAAGCAGUUCUAGUGCAGGACUUGCUGGCUGCUGAUUACUGUAUAUAGUUGAUCACUCAGGACUACAGUUCACUCUUCGCUGGCGGGACAAUUCGUGAAAUAUUCCCGUCGUCUGUGAGUGUCGUAAAAGUAGGACUUGGCUGCCUAUAAUUCUUCAAGUCACGAAGUGAUUUUAUGGGCUGGGGCCCUGCAGGGGGCAGUGUCGCGUUGCUGGAUCGCUGUGAGUUAAGGCCGCAGCAGUGUAAUAAGAAAUUUCCUCUGGAGAAUGGAGGACUUCGAAUCUCCCUCAGUGCAACUGAGGCCCCCUACAGGUUCCCUGGCCUCUCCAUAUGGGCCCUUUGCAGAAAUAAAAGAUAAAGAAGAUGUGAUAUGGUACCUGAAAACCUCACAGUUGGCACUAGCUUUAGCUAUCAUCUGCUCAAAACCACCAGAUAAAAGCAGCAAAGAAUAUUCAGAGCACCUGGCCAAAAUAGUAUCUGGACAGAAUUCCAAGCAGAAAUUGAGAGUUGAAGCUUUAGAAGCCGAAGUUAUUCAUUUGAGGCAGCAGCUCCUUUUGAACAAAAUUUCUUCAGGAUUUUGUUUAGAAAAUAGGAAUUCAACUGCCAUAGGUGAGGCUCUGCCACCUACUCACACAGAGGAUUGCUCAGGCCAUUUUGAAGAUUCAGGAUGCGAUACCUCAAAUGACUAUAUAGCUGAUACACUAGAAACCUUACCUACCUUCCGCCACAGUGAGCAUAGUUGCAACAAUUCUGCAUCCGGCGUUUCAUCAAGUGCACUACCAAUGCUGACUUCUUGUUGUAUCAGCACAAGCAAGUCUUUGGUUUUUCACAUGCAUUUCCUACAACGUUUCCUUGAACUUAAAAAAUUGACAGAGGCUGGAGGUCUAAGAACAGACUUGAAAAAACUCAGAAGGGAUUUUUCCACAAUAUCUGAUUCUUUCUCUCAAUUGCUUGAUGGUCUGGUUGCUUCAUAUAGCCUUCCUGAGCUCCCCUUUUCACACUCUCUGACUCAGGCCGUUUGUGUCAUAACUAACUUAUUAAAUGAUGCAGUUGUAUCCAGACAGAUUUUGGGAAAGUGUCUCAAGAAAUUGGAAGACUCUGUGACAAGACUUGUAGCCGUGGUUUUGAACAGCAACCAUCUCAACAGAUUUCAGAUGCUGGAUUCUAUAUCCCAUGCCCUUGUCUUGAUUGGACGAUGCAGAGUAUUAAGAAACUCCAUAAUAUCCCUGCUCUUCAGAGAAGUCAGUCAAUUUGCUGCCAAGUUACAGCAUGCCAAUGAGAUUCAAGCCAAGUACAACAUACAAUAUGAAAAUAUUUUCUUUCUAUGUAGAGUUUUGGAACAGCUUCUUGAAACAGAGACAGAACAUGAAAAUGCUGCCAAUUCAGGCUUUGAUGAGAAAGAGAAGAAGACAUUUCUACAGAACCUUGACCAAGCAAUUUUUCACCUCUCUGAUGAAUUUCCCUUGUUCUGUAUUUAUUUGUGGCGACUAGGCACCCUUUUGAAUGCAGCACAAAUACAAACAAAUACAAAAACAAGUCGUCCUGCUUCAUAGCAAUUCAUGAUUGAGCUCUGAAAGAGGCAAGCAGUGACUGAGCAGCGUUCACCAUUGAAAGGAGGUAUGAUUGCCAUCACAAUGAGCAUGAAAUCUAGUGGCAAUGCAGCGACAAAGCAGUUUCCUCUUUUUGGUGUCAAAAAUUACUUGGGUAGGCAUUUGGCAGCUUGUGGUGACAACUGUUUGUGUGGCUGGAUUCUGAACUUUCUUUUUAAUAUGAUGUCUGGAAUAAACAAAAUGAGCUCUGAUAUUAAACAUUAAAAUAUUAAAAAGUAUAGUGCAAUGUGGGGCACAAAAUCUAAGGGCUUGUGUAUUUUUUCUAGCAGUAGUCUGACCCAGCAAACCAUUUAAGCUUACUGUUAGUUUUAAUUCUGUGAGCAGUCAUCUUGAUUAGGAGCAGUUAUUUUGAAGAUAUCAUUCCCUCCACGCAUACACACACAGGAGUGCCCAACAUUUUUCAGGAGAGAGGCCUAAACAAUUUGCAACUGGAAAGUACUAAGUGCCUAUUAUAUCCCACCUUCUUUAGCUUGCCUGUUAAAUACCUCUAGUAUUGUGAUGCCCUCCAAAUAUUGUUGGACUACAACUCCCAUCAGCCCCAGCUAGCAUAGCUAAUGAUCAGGAAUAAUGCAAGCUGUAGUUCACAACAUCUGGAGGGCACCAUGUUGGCUAUCCCUGACCUACAAAGUUUGACAAUUGGACCACCGCAUUACUUAUCUUUAGAAAAUCAAGAGUGUAAUCCUGGAUGAGGACUGUCCUUUCCCAUUAUACAUAAUAUGCAAGUGUAUGAUGCUGUCCAAGAGACUGACACAUUUUUAAAAAAUGUUACAUUAUCUAGCUUUAUGUUGAAAUUAUUUGCUUUUGUUAUGUAUGAUGAACACUGUUAAAUAAACAAUAUUAUUUGCUCAUAUAUGUGAUUAAAUCAUGGCUAUAUAAACUGCUGUUGGUAACAAAACAAUUAAUAUUGACUCACCCCAGACUAUGAUUCCUGGGAAUGAGAAAAGCUGAAUAAAUAUGGAUAUAUAGCCAUUCCUCCUCAAAGAAUUACUAGAUAAAGAAUUGUUCCCUGAAACA